AUGGCUCACGAAGGAUCACAAGGGGGCCCCCCGGGGGCCCUCGAGCCGCAUCGGCAGCAGCAGCAGCAGCAGCAGCAGCAACAGCAUCAUCAUCAGCAGCAGCAACAGAAGCAUCGUCAUCAGCAGCAACAGCAGCAGGCCUGCUUGACUGCUGGGGUGUACGGUUCCUCGCAUGAGAGGAAAGCCUCUCCCAGCAGCAACAGCAACAGAAGCAGCAGCAACAGCAGCAAUAGCAGCAGUAGCAGCAGUAGCAGCAGCAGCAGCAACUAUGUGGCCCCUUCCCGACGUGAGGGGCAGCAGAGGCGUCGUGGUCCUCAGCAAGUUGCUGUUGCAUGCGUCAGCAGCAGCAGCAGCAGCAGCAGUCGCGAUGGAGGAGUUGGCGUAAAUGAUUCCUCAACAAGCAGCAGCAACAGAAGCAGCAACAACAGCAGCAGCAACAACAACAGCAGCAGCAGCAACAAUAAGAGCAGCAGCAACAGGAGUGUAAGCUUAAGAGUCCCUGGUGGGUCUGAUUGGGGUCCUUCCUCUAUAGAGGAUAAAUGGACAGAAGAGAAACAAGAAAAACAUUUGGGGCUGCAUGCGGGUCGUUUCUUUCGUGAGUUGGUGAGGGGGAACGAGAUGGGAUCGGUUGUGGGGUCGAUGGGAUCGGUGGGAUCGAUGAUGGGAUCGUCAAUAGGAUCUCCAACGACACCAAUGGGAUCUAUGAUGGGAUCGAUGGGAUCGGUUGUGGGGUCAAUGGGAUCGAUGGGAUCUAUGAUGGGAUCGAUGGGAUCUAUGAUGGGAUCGUUAGGAUCUAUGAUGGGAUCGUCAUCGGGAUCGUCUCUGGGAUCGUCUCUGGGACCAUCAAUGGGAUCGUCUAUGGGAUCGUCAAUGGGAUCGUCUCUGGGAUCGCCGGGAUCGAUCGCUCCCCCUUGGUCUCCUCCCCGUUUCCAUCCCGAUGCUGGCCGUGUGGGGCGUCUGUCCUCUGGGGAUCGUCGAUUCAAGAAAGAGAGGAAAGGAGGAAUGAUCUCUCUUGUCUAUGAGAGACAAUUAAGAGUUGGUGGUGUUGCUGCUUAUACCUAUAAAGUCCUACAAGGACCAAUCAGUGCAGCAGACGGUGUGGGACGAGGAUCGAUACUAGAGAGGAAAGCUGUUGAGGGUUUAGAGCCUCUACAAUCGGGUUGUGCGGUUACUCUUCUUAUCGAUCUUAUGCGAUUUGUUGCUAUUUUCCAGAUGACGAUGCCUGAUGGUAGACAGACUCCCUUCCGCUAUGUUGACUUCUCUGAUUUUAAUGACGAGCAGCAGCAGCAGCAAGAGCAGCAGCAACAGCAGCAGCAGCAACAGCAGCAACAGCAGCAGCAACAAAUCCUUCUGCAGCAGCAAGAGCAGCGACUGCAGCUCCAGCAGCAGCAGCAACUGCAGCAACUGCAGCAGCAAUCAGAUGCCCCUUGUUCUAAGGGAUACUUCUGCGUUGUCAUUACCUUCGCUGAAGUUACAGUGGAGCUGUCUCAUCCGGUGGAGCUGCUGCAGCACUACGUUGCUGCUCGAGCAGCAGGGUCUCCUUUCCCCCCUAUUGACAGUGCAGCAGCAGCAACAGCAGCAGCAACAGCAGCAACAGCAGCAGCGAAUGUGCCACAUAGGCCUGGGGUGCAGCAGUUAGCGCAUGCAUUUUCCCCCAGUGAUUUCCGAUCUGCUGCUGCAGCAGCAGCAGCAGCAACAGCAGCAACUGGCGUAUCAGAGGCUAGCUACCACCGUCCUGUUACUGCUGCUCCUGCUGCUGCUGCUGCUCUUACAGAUAGCCCCGAAGCAGCAGCAGCAACAGCAGCAGCAGCAGCAGCAGCAGCACAAGGAGGAGGGGGGUUAACAGAGCUGUUAUAUCCCUUUCGUUCCGUAUUUGAAUUGGCGCUGCACUUUUAUCGUUCAGGUGUAUCGGCAGGUGUUGCUGCUGCUGCUGCAGCAGCAGCAGGAGACCCAUUGGCUGCUGCUGCACUUGUGGGGAUGCUUGGAGGAGGAGAUGGCAGCUGCCCAGACAGCGUACUCCCGGGUGUAUGGGCAGCUGCAUUCUUUGCUGCUUUAGGGAAUCAGCAGCAGCCUGCUGAUGCUGCUGCUGCUGCUUAUGCUGCUGCUGCUGCUGCAGCAGCAGCAAACGAGACAUCGUCAUCCUCUUGUCGUGCCAUCGUUGCUGCGGACGCUGCAUGCGAUGGAGACAAGCAGCAGCAGCAGCAACAGCAACAGCCGCAGCAACCGCAGCAGCUUGUUGGUGGUUCAGCUGCUGAUGGAGCUCACAGCAGCAGUAGUAGCAGCAGCAGCAGACGCAACAGCAGGAGCAGCACUGCUAGCAGCAACGGCAACAGCAGCAACAGCAGCAGCAGCAUCGAUGCUGCGUCACCUGCAUCGAGGACAUUUCCUUUGGUCCCCUUUAAUCCAGCCUUGCCUCGUUGCUUUGGCGAGGAGCAGCAGCAGCAGCAACUGCAGCAGCAGCAGCAGCAGGAGCAAAUAGCAUGUGUUGAUCCUACUGGUGCUGCUGCUGCUAAUGACGCUGCACAAAUUCCAGGGGAACCAGCAGCAGCAGCAGCAACACCAGCAGCAGCAGCACAACUUCCGCAGGAGAAUCUGCAUGCUGCUGCUGCUGCUGCUGCACCUGGGUGGUUUCGUGUGGGGCCCUGGAGCCCCAGCGGGGCAGCAGCAGCAGCAGCAAGACAGGCAGCAACAACUCCUGCAGAAGCAAGAGGUGAUGCUGCUUUUGCUGCUGCUGCUGCUGCUGUGGAUACACCGCAGAUGUCGAGCAGCAACGCCUUCCCCACAUGCCAAGGGUUUCCUUUCCCUGCAGCAGCAGCAGCACCAACGGCAGCAGCAGCAGCAGGUCCACCACCAUCAGCAGCAGGACCACCACCAGCAGCUGCUGCUGCUGCACCAGCAGCAGCAUUCAACGUUCCCCUUGUGCCUAUGCCUCCUCUAUCAUCCCCAUUAGUCCCCACAGCGUCAUCUGCCCUUGCAGCAACGGUUCCUCCGCAUGCUGCAGGUGCUGCUGCUGCUGCUGCUGCAGCAGCAGCAGCAGCAGCAAACUUCCCUCGACACGCGGGUUGCCCAGGACCGCCUGCUCUGCUGCUGCCUGAUGCUGCUGCUGCUGCUGCUGCACCUGGCAGCUGCUGUGCACCGGCUGACUUCUUCAAGGCAGCGACUCAGCCCUACAGUGGCGGUCAACCGGAGCGGCAGCAGCAACAGCAGCAGCAACAGCAGCAGCAAUUGGGGUAUGUGUGCCCCCCUUCGUCGCAGCAUUUGGCACUGCCUUGUCCCCCGAUUUUUGUGUCGAGUUCCCAGGGAUCUGCAGCAAGCAGCAGCAGCAGCAGCAGCAGCGGCAGCAGCAACAAGGCCAAUGCGAAUGCUGGAGCAACAGCAUUGGCAGCAGCAGCACCUGCUGCUGAUGCUGCUGCUCCUGCUGCAGCAGCAGCAGCAGCAGCAGAUAUUCGAGGUUCCCAACAGAGCACAAAGCGGCAAGAGGACCCUAGUGGUUUUCUUUAG